AUGGACGAAAAUGAGGAAGUCAGCCUCGAGGAGCGUCUGAAAUCGGCCCUUUGGCUGGCUAUUGGCAAGAUUGUAGAUGAGGAGACAAUCAAACUUGGUGUCAAUGCCACUCCUCAAUUCAUAGGUGCCUUGACCGAGAUGGUGUGGGCUCAGAUUGAAACUGUUAGCGAAGAUUUGGAAUCUUUUGCAAAGCAUGCAGGCCGCUCGACAGUUAAUGUCUCUGAUGUGAUGUUGCUUGCGCGCCGCAACGAAGGACUGGAGUCGAUUCUGCGAGCCUUCAUUGACCAGCAGCGAGAGAAUGAGGCCUGA